GACCAUGGGUCACUAGGAAUAGCAGCGUAGAUAGUGGAGAAACAGAAGUUGGCCGCAGGGUCACCCAGGAAGUUCCCCCUGGAGUUUUUUGGCGAUCUCAAAUCCAUAUCAGCCAGCCACAGUUCCUGAAGUUCAACAUAUCCUUAGGGAAGGAUGCUCUUUUUGGUGUUUAUAUAAGAAGAGGACUCCCACCAUCACAUGCCCAGUAUGAUUUCAUGGAACGCUUGGAUGGGAAAGAGAAAUGGAGUGUGGUGGAGUCCCCACGGGAACGUCGAAGUAUUCAGACCCUUGUUCAGAAUGAGGCUGUGUUUGUUCAGUACUUGGAUGUGGGUUUGUGGCACCUGGCAUUUUACAAUGAUGGCAAGGACAAAGAAGUUGUCUCUUUCAGUACAGUCAUUUUGGAUUCAGUACAAGACUGCCCACGCAAUUGUCAUGGGAAUGGCGAGUGUGUGUCAGGUGUCUGCCACUGUUUUCCAGGAUUUCACGGAGCGGAUUGUGCUAAAGCUGCCUGCCCGGUUCUGUGCAGUGGCAAUGGUCAAUACUCUAAAGGCACCUGCUUAUGCUACAGUGGCUGGAAAGGUCCAGAAUGUGAUGUACCCAUCAGCCAGUGUAUUGAUCCCUCAUGUGGAGGUCAUGGUUCCUGCAUUGAAGGGAACUGUGUCUGUUCUGUUGGCUAUAAAGGAGAAAACUGUGAAGAGGUGGAUUGCUUAGAUCCAACCUGCUCCAGCCACGGAGUCUGUGUGAAUGGAGAAUGUCUCUGCAGCCCGGGUUGGGGUGGAAUAAAUUGUGAGCUUCCCAGAGCCCAGUGUCCAGACCAGUGCAGUGGGCAUGGUACCUACCUGUCUGACACAGGUCUUUGUAGCUGUGACCCCAACUGGAUGGGUCCCGACUGCUCCGUUGAAGUGUGCUCUGUAGACUGUGGUACUCACGGCGUGUGCAUUGGCGGAGCAUGUCGCUGUGAAGAAGGGUGGACAGGAGUGGCGUGUGACCAGCGUGUGUGCCAUCCCCGUUGUACCGAGCACGGAACUUGUAAAGAUGGGAAAUGUGAAUGCAGAGAGGGCUGGAAUGGGGAGCACUGCACCAUUGGUAGGCAAACGACAGGCACCGAAACAGGCACAUAUUGCUUUCUUUUCAUAAAUCGUAGAAACAUAGUUACUGUUGUGUAUUGUAACAGGCUGUUCCUUUAA